GGAGCGGCGGGUGGCAGGAGCAGGAUGGGGCUGUGCCGAGCGGUGUCACCUCUGCUGCUGCUGCUGGCGCUGGCCGGGGCCACCACCCCGGGGACACCAGACGGUUCCACGCUGGGGACGGACGGAUCCACACCAGGGGUGGCCGGAUCGGUGUCCCCGUCCCCGUGGGGAUGCUGGGCUGUGACCUAUGAGGACGUGGUGGCAGCGGCCGUGGAGCUGCUCAACGCCAAGGCCAUCGUCCCCAACGUCCUGCGGCUGCAGCAGCUCCGUCCCCGCCCCGACUGGGCUGAGGACCUGCAGCAGCGGCAGGAGUUGAGUUUCACCGUGGAGGAGACGUGUCGGUCCCCAGAGACAGUCACCACCGCCUGCAAGAGCUGCUGGUUUGGGACGCUGAGAUGGUGCCAGGGUUGGGUGUUCCUGGAGCAGCAGCAGCCGGUGGUCGAGCUCUCCUGCCAGUGGGUGCCCCCCAUGGUUGGCCGGAUCCGCCCGUCCCCACUCAGGGACCUUCUGGCUAGGAUCAGGGAUCAGCUCAGGAACAUCAUCCCGUGCGGGAACAUCUGGAUCCGCGACAAACUCAACCUGCAGCCCCCCAAACCCUGAGCGGGUGACACCGUGCGUGUCCCCAACCCACCCCACCCAACCCACCCCAACCCAACCCAACCCACCCGUCCCCCUCCCGGGCGCUCUGCUUCCAAUAAAUGUCCCUGCAACGCUCCCAGUGUCACCUCGGUCCUUGCGGGUCCCUGCACCCCCUGGCAGAGGGGACAGUCCCCAAGGGGUCCCGUAAACACCCCACAUACCCAGCCAAGGGGCUCAGGACACCCUGGGGAGUGGGGACAUGUCCCAAAGGGACCAGAUGUGACACACUCAGGACCCCCCUGCUCCAAGUGUGUCCCCCCCCCAAUAAAACUGUCACUCUG